ACAAGUUGCCUCGGCUGCUACGUCGUAUCACCAGCGGCAGGUGGGGAGCGCGCGUCCGGGACCGACCGCAGCCUGUGAAUGGGAUCAGAACAUGUUUCAACUUCAGCGCCGACACAUCUGCCCCCGCAGCCCACGAAUGGACGGAGUAGAGUAACCUCUUUGAUCUAGCCCAGUUCUCCUUUUUCUCCAGAAAUUGGCUGGAUAGGUGUUUUCGUCCGACCGCGCGUCUCCGCGUGCGUAAUGCUCUUUGUGUAGAGACCCGAGCCUUUUGUAGGGUUUUAUUUUAUUUUCCGAGUUGAAUGCUGCUGCGCUGCAAGUAAUGGCACUCGCUAGAUUCAGCAGAAUACUUCGUCUGCCCACCCUCGACAUCAAAAAGAAAGUCAAGCAGUACGAGCACGUCCACCGGGACAUCAAUCCUAAUGACAUAUGGGAAAUUAUCGGCGAACUGGGCGACGGUGCGUUCGGAAAGGUCUACAAGGCCAGGAACAAAGAGACAGAAGUUCUGGCUGCAGCCAAAGUGAUUGAGACAAAAUGCGAGGAUGAGUUGGAAGACUACAUGGUUGAGAUCGACAUCCUGGCCAAAUGUGACCAUCGCUACAUUGUCAAGCUGCUCGACGCAUUUUACCAUGAAAACAAACUGUGGAUCAUGAUCGAGUUCUGCCCUGGAGGUGCUGUGGAUGCCACAAUGCUAGAGUUGGAUCGUGGGCUGACGGAGCCACAGAUUAAGGUGGUUUGUCGCGAGAUGUUGGAGGCUCUGGACUACCUCCACAGCAUGAAGAUCAUCCACAGAGACCUGAAGGCCGGUAACAUCCUUCUCAUGCUGGACGGGGACAUCAAGCUUGCUGAUUUUGGCGUGUCUGCAAAAAACACCAAAACCCUACAAAGAAGAGAUUCCUUCAUUGGAACACCAUACUGGAUGGCCCCAGAGGUGGUAAUGUGUGAGACAAUGAAGGAUGCUCCGUAUGACUACAAGGCUGAUAUCUGGUCCCUGGGAAUCACACUGAUUGAGCUCGCCCAGAUUGAACCCCCACACCAUGAGCUCAACCCCAUGAGGGUGCUGUUAAAGAUCGCCAAGUCGGAGCCUCCCACCCUGGAGCAGCCCCACAAAUGGUCACAGGAGUUUAAAGAUUUCCUGAAGAAAGCUUUGGAUAAAAACCCAGAGACUCGUCCAAUGGCAGCACAACUCAUGGAGCACCCUUUUGUGAGAUCAGUGACGUCCAACCGUCCACUGCGGGAGCUGGUGGCCGAGGCCAAGGCUGAGGUCAUGGAGGAAAUAGAAGACAAUAGAGAGGAAGGAGAGGAGGACGACGCCGUGGAGCUCACUGUGUCUCCAGGUAAGGAACCAUGCCAGACGAGUCAGACCAGUUUGGAAGGGGACCAGUCUCUGGACACCGCGAGCCCCACCAUGCCCUCCCCAACCACACCCUCCACAACCACACCAAUACCUUUAACCAGGAAGGGGGCCGAGCCAGAUACACCAACAGAGGAGCAGCAGGGCCCCGUCAUGGUGGUCCCUGUUCCCCUGCCGCGGCAUCUCCCUCCAAAAGAUCCAGAGGAGUUGGGUGACAAACUGGCCGAAGAAGUCAUUCUUGAGUCAGAAAAAUAUGAGAGCGAGGCCUCAACCAAGACUUCCUGCUCAGACUCCGGCAUUGAGGAUGGAAAGAGUACUCCCACAUCGGAGGAGGAAAAGGUUGCUUUGGAGACCCCAGAGACUGAGCAACCACCAUCUCUCCCCCAACCCAAGGCAUCUGAGGAGCAUGUUGACAUCAUCAUAAACUCAACAGACUGUGAGAUGCCCAAGGUCCAGGUGACCGAGGAGGAGAGCAACGUCACGUCUAAUGGAGACUUACCAACUCCAAGCCAAAGUCGCGCUGUCACUCCUGCACCCACUUCCACACCCUCUUCUCUUCCUACCCCAGUCCCUACACCCCGUUCUAGGCUAAAUAGCAGCCAAACCAAGGAUACCCCAGACCGGACAUCGACAGGAGGUAAUGCCGAGCCUGUCUCUUCUUAUAUCAAUGGAGGGAUUAUCAACAAACGGUACUCCUACUCAGGCAGCAUGGCAUCUGAGAGCAUGGACAUUUCGAUCCACAAGGAGAACAUCUCAAUGUCAGCGAGGGACUUCUCAAGUAAGACUCUGAAGCGAACCAGGAAGUAUGUUAUUGACGGCGUGGAGGUGAGUGUGACCACCUCCAAGAUCAUCAGGGAUGAUGAGAAGAAAGAUGAGGAGAUGAGAUUCCUGAGACGUCAGGAGCUGCGCGAGCUCCGUUUGUUGCAGAAGGAAGAGCACCGAGCUCAGGCUGUACUAAACACCAAACUGGAAACGCAGAGAGAACAAAUGCAGAGACGUUUUGACCAGGAAAUGAAUGCCAAGAAGAAGCACUAUGACGUCGAGCUAGAGAUGCUGGAGAAGCAUCAGAAGCAGACCAUUGAGAAGAUGGAGGCAGACCACAAUAUUAAACUCAAAGAAGAGACCAAACGCAUCAAAGCAGAGCAGGAACGGGACUACCACAGGUUUCAGGAUCAGAUAAAACACAGGAAAAAGGAGGUAAAACAGUCUGUUGAUAAGCUGCCCAGAAGUCAGCGUAAAGACACUUUGAAACAGAGGAUGAAUACCUUCCAAGAAGUGAAGAUUAGAGAGGAGGACAAAUUCUUGGCAGAUCAAAAGAACUACCUGGACACUACGCUAAAGAAAAUUAUCUCCAACAACAAGAGAGAGAUUGCAGAAAUGGAGAGGGAAUGCCUUAACAGGAAGCACCAACUAAUAAGAGAGCGUGAAGCAACGAUAUGGGACAUGGAGGAAAAAAAUCUUUACGAGAGACAUCAGUUAUUGAAGCAGCAGCUGAAAGAUCAGUACUUCCUCCAGAGGCAUCAGCUUCUCAAAAAACAUGAGAAGGAGCAGGAGCAGAUGCAGUGCUACAAUCAGCGAAUGAUUGAGAUCCUGAAAGCUCGGCAGCAGCAGGAAAAGAACCGGCUGCCUAAGAUCCAGCGUGGCGAAGCCAAGACCCGCAUGGCCAUAUUCAAGAAGAGCCUGCGCAUCAACUCGACGGGUAGCGCCUCCGAGGACAGAGAGAAGAUCAAACAGUUUUCUCAGCAAGAGGAGAAGCGGCAGAAGGCAGAGAGGCUGCAUCAGCAGCAGAAACACGAGAACCAGAUGAGAGAGAUGAUUGGUCAGUGUGAAAGCAAUAUCAGAGAGCUGCAGCAGCUGCAGAAUGAGAAAUGUCACCUGUUGGUUGAGAAUGAGACCCAGAGGCUCAAGCAUCUGGAUGAGCAACACAACCAGCUGAUGAAGGAAUGGAGGGAUCAGUUGAAACCCAGAAAGAAGGCCCUUGAGGAGGAGCUAAACAUGAAGAAAAGGGAGCAGGAGGCUUUCUUCAGGAUGACUGAGAGUUCUGAUUGCCCAAACCCCAGUUCUCCCAAUAAACUCUCCAAGUUUGUGCCUUACCAAGACUCUUCUUCCACAUAAAAACAGCUGCUGUGAUAUUGGACAGCAUCUCCUGGCCACUGUUAGCAUCUACACAUAACCAUACACACACACACACACACACACACACACACACACACACACACACACACACACUCACCCAUACACCCACAGGCAUUACAGGUGUCUGCUGCCUCAGUUUUAAUUUGCUUUGCCAGUAAUGGCAGCAUACCUUUCCCUCCAUUAGGUUCCUGUGUUGUUUUAGUAAAUAUUUAUGUUUUAACCAAAUUUUCUUUUAAAGUAUUUUCUAGUAUCUGCUUGACUUAAGGCUCAGUUAUAUAGUAUCUGCUUCCAUACAGUGUUUUGAUUCUUUUUGUCCGCUUCUUAUAGCUCACCAGUGAAACCUGAGGAUACUAUGAUACAGUGGCUGUUAAUUUGGAUGAGCUAAAGAUACCAAACUAAUUAUGAGUCAUAUUGAGAGGUAACUUUUUUGGUUGGGUAUUAGUAGAAGUAGUUUGUUGUCCUAAGCACCCAGCAAGGGGAUUUCUUUUUGCAUGAGGAGGGAGGACUGUUUGCUUCUGUGGAAACUGUUCAGCAAGAAACCAAGCACUUUUUGUUUACCCGAUAUUAUCAGUGCCGUCUUCCAAAUAUGACCAAAAACACACUCAAAUAUUAAUGAAUUUCUAACUCUUUUUCUGUUUCUUCUUGUCUUGGCUUAAGUCAGAUGCAUGUCAUGUAGCUGCCAAAGUCUGCCUGUAUUUAUUUUUACUGAAAAGGAAAAACCUUAUCCAGAUUUAUCACUGUAAAUGCUAAUUUAAAUAUUUUUCUCUUUUUUUUUUAACCAACACCAAUGGUAUGAAGGAUGUGCUCAUUAUUUUGUAUCUUGUUUAAAAUGGGGGAUGAGGCUAAAUCCAAAGUGAUGAGAAUUUAUAAUUUCUUUUAAAUAAUUAUUUAGGAAUGAAAUUUUAACAGACAAGGGAAGACUAAUUGUUAUUCAUAUAGUGCUGAUGUAGUGACAUUUGUUAUUUUUCUGUUGUAUUUUUACUGUAAAAAUCAGUCACACUGGAUGGGAACUGACAAAGCCAAAGCAAAAAUACUGUUAUGUUUGUUGAAGUAUGUUAAACAGGGGAUUUAAAUCUAAAUUUAAAAAAGGUAUUAAGUGUAUAAUUGUUAUACCAUGUGCAGUAAAUGCACUGCCUGCUAACCAAAGUGCAAUAUUACAUGUAUGUCUUUGCUAACCUUAAGGAGGUUUUUUUUUUUUUUUCCUUAAAUUUGCCUUCCUUUGCACUGAGAGGGGGAAUAAUAUGAAGAGUUUAACCAAAACCAGAUGUAACAACUUUCUGAAAGAAAAAACGUUGCUCAAAAUUAUUUCAUCUUCAUAAUUUUUUAGUACUUUGCAAGCAAUAAUUUAGGGGUAUAAUUUUUCAAUACGAUCUGAUUUUGGAACAGGACUCUUCAUAUAAUUUUUAAGGGAGUGCAAGAAUUCAGUCUGCUGUAAGACUCCUCUAGAUGUUUAAUCUUCAACUGAAAUCUAAAGUUUGCAGCUGAGGAACUUGUUGCCUUGUUAAGUGAGAGAAAGUGUUUGUUUUUUUUUUAGAGCAGUUUGGCCUGCGGAUUUACGUCAAAUCAGGUCAUCAAUCAGGUACAGCUUAAUCUUUCUCUCCCACUCACACACUCUGUCUUAGAAGUAUUUAAAGUUGUUGUAAAAAGUCUCUCUUCUGUCACGUUUAAUGGCUCCAUCUCGGUCUUCCUCUCUGCCUCAGUUUAAAUAACAUUGUUUGUAUGGAAGGGUUGUGAGUGUGAAUGAAACUGUAUCAGAAGGAACCGCUGUUGUAAAUAACUCUUAAUAAAUGGAGAUUUUCUAAUUAA